AUGUUCGGAAGCGUUCGAUUUGCUCUCCGAUUUACCGCGCACCACCCCUCGCCUAGGCGCCGCUUGCUCUACUCCGUCCGACCCAACUCGCUUCCUUCCCUCUCCGCAUCCUUUGCCACCUCCGCCCCCCAGGCCAAGAACAGGAUGCACCGCUCAGUGCCCGGCAUGUCGCCGAGUCUGCGCGAUCUGAAGCCGCCCCAGCGCUUCGGCAUGACGGAGCUGGACCGUGACCAGUUCACGCGCGACGUGCCCGUGCUCGAGGCGAAGAUCAAGGCGGAGGAAGUGAACGGCGUGCUGAAGAGUCUGCGCGGACAUGUCGUCGACCUUCCCAAGACCAAGUCGAUCCGGCCGGAUCCUGAGGACCCGAACGCGCGCCGCAUCAUGCUCCGUGUUGCUGAGCGUGAUGCUCUUCCCGAAAGCGUGAGGGCGUACCUCGACUCGAUCAGCGCCGAGCUGUACCCGUACUCGAUUCAUCUCGGCUACGACCACUGGAACUGCGUUCUGCCGCACGAGGAAGGCGAGGACAUUCCCAGCUCGUACACGCAGACGGGGCACAUCGGUGAGCUUAAAGAGAGGCGCCGUGUAGCUGACCCCAUUGUGAACAAGCUGAACACCAUCCACGCCCAGUUCCGGUUCUUCGACAUGGAGGUGAUUGCGGGCGAGCCCAACUUUGUGACGCAGACCAACGAGUCUGGGUGUGUAUUCGAGUUCGACUUCAGCAAAGUGUACUGGAAUUCGCGCCUGCAUACUGAGCACGCGCGCCUGCUGUCCCAGUUCGGCAAGGGCCAGGUUGUCGCGGAUGCCAUGGCGGGCGUCGGACCCUUUGCGGUCCCGGCAGCGCGAAAGGGGUGCUACGUGCUCGGCAACGACCUGAACCCCGAGUCGUACAAGUGGAUGACGGCGAACCAGAAGCGGAACAAGGUCGAGUCGCGACUGCGGACAACGUGCAGCGACGCGCGCGAGUUUAUCCAGCGCGCGCCGCUCGAGGCGUGGACAAAACCUUUCGUGCGCAGCGAGGCGACGACAGCGCGCGAGAUGGCACUCGAGGGCCGGAAACGCAAGGCCCAACUCGAGGCCAUGGGCCUGAAGGAGUUCCCGAAGGAGGACCCCAAGCCGCAGACGAUAGACCACUUUGUCAUGAACCUGCCCGACUCGGCACUCGAGUUCCUGGACGCCUAUGCGGGCUGCUACACCCCCUUGCUCUCUGUUGAGGGCUUCGACAGGACAACGGUCACGAUGCCGCUCGUGCACGUGCACUGCUUCACGCGCGAGCUCGAGUUCGCCGAUGCCCAGCGCGACAUCACACAGCGCGCAGAGGAAUACCUCGGCCACGCCGUCUCGCCCGACAGCGAGGGCUACAAUUUGCACUGGGUGCGGCGGGUCGCGCCCAACAAGGACAUGUACUGCCUCACCUUCCGCCUGCCCGAGGCGGUCGCGUACGCUGACAAGUGA